UAUUCUCUUCGGCUUUUCACAGUUUCUCGCUAGCCACGCAAACCUAUCCUGGAAACUUCCUACUUUAUUCUGUAGAAGAAAAAAUGGCAAUUCAUACCCUUUCGUUCUUCUAAUUCACGUUCUCCUGCUGUAAAAUUUCCUCUGGAAUCCUACCUCUAGAUGGCAUUUCUCUUACAUUCACCUGAAAUUUGCACCGCCUCUGCAAAAAUUUUCUCUAACCCUAACCAUAGCCCUAAAUUCCUCAAGAGCCUCACCAUCUCGAAGAAUGAUGACGAGAAAAUUUGGUCGAAGGCUAAGGUUAAAUUUGGUCUAAAAGAUGUUGGAGCUAUGGUUUCAGGUUCGAAUAAAAGCUUGAGGUUGCACGGACAAUUUUCGGCUCCAGUGAAGCGAGGAUCGAAGCCGAGUAAAGAGGAAGAGGAGAAGCAGAAUUAUUACGUUAACAUGGGGUACGCAAUUCGGACUUUGAGAGAGGAGUUCCCAGACCUCUUUUACAGGGAGCUCAGUUUCGAUAUUUACAGGGAUGAUAUUGUAUUUAAAGAUCCUCUCAAUACUUUCAUUGGAAUUGACAAUUACAAGUCAAUCUUCUGGGCACUGCGAUUCCAUGGGAGGAUAUUUUUCAAGGCUCUCUGGCUUGAGAUUGUUGGUGUAUGGCAGCCUGUGGAGAAUGUCAUAAUGGUUCGCUGGACUGUCCAUGGCAUUCCACGAGUCCCAUGGGAGAGCCGUGGUCGAUUUGAUGGCACUUCUGAAUACAAACUAGACAAGAAUGGUAAAAUCUUUGAGCACCGAGUUGACAAUAUUGCUUUGAAUUCGCCCCCAAAAUUUCAUGUGCUAGCCGUGGAGGAUAUAAUCCGAACCAUUGGUUGCCCCUCAACACCAAGGCCAACUUACUUUGAGAUUUCAUCAUCUUCAUCUUCACAGAGGACAUAGUAACAGCAAGGCUGUUUCCAAAUUUUGGUAUAUAGUGUGUGUCAUGGUUGAGUAAGCAUUGAGCAAUAGCUUGAGAUAAGUCUCAAUGUGUAAAGCUUGCUUUAGAUCACACAGCAAGCACUCGUUACCGCUUGGCUUGUAUCUGGUUGGUAGCAUCGGGAAUUAUGACUAUAUUCUCGUGUUAUGACCUCAAACAAUAUAAUGCAACAUUGUCCAAUAUUUGUAUAAUUUUGUACAGUGCAAGUUUGGUGUAAGUAGUUGUAGCCAUAAUUGACUAUCUUCGUGAUCAAGAUAGAGUGAAAGCAGCAAUAGUAAAUACUAAGAUCUGAAUGUUGUUUAACUGA